UGCGACGUCGCCCGGUUCCCAGCGCAUGGGGGUGAACCCGGGGCGAAUGAACCGGCGAACCGGUUAAAGAGCAGGCGCCGCGCCGUCUAUAAAAGGCGCCCGAUGGUGACCCUGGCCACUCGACAGGAAGAGGACCGAUAGGGCCUCUGAAGAAGGACGGCCGCUGAUUCCAUGGCGACGUCGUGGUUCCGGACCGCCUGCGGUUUUUUGCUGCUUGUGGGGCUCGUGGUCGCCGUCGUCGGCGACGGCGCUCCGGAGAAGCCCCUCGAAGGGCCGCUGGAGGACGAGGAACGGGCCAAGGCCUACCUCAAGGACGCCGACGUCCUGCUCACGGACAUGUGCCUCAAGUCGUUCGGAGCAGAGUGGGACUACGCCAACAACCUGACCGAAUACAACAAGAACAAGAGCGUAGAACAGACCCUACGGGCCAACGUUCUGGAGAAAGAGGUCUGGAAGAACGCCACGCAAUUCAAAUGGACUGGCUUCAAGGACGAGAAGACGCGCACCAUCUUCCGACGCCUGUCGGUGCUCGGCACAGCGAUCCUGCCGGAGGACGAGCGAACCGAGUUGGUGAAAAUAAUUUCCGACAUGGAUAGCAACCACGGAGGAGGAAAAAUUUGCCCAUUUGUUCGAAAGACCAACACGUCCGACGAAUGCAACGUGCCGUUAGAACCAACCAUCAAGAACACCCUCCAGGAUUCAAGGAACUACGAUGAGCUGCUGUACGUCUGGAAUGAAUGGCGGAAAGUUGCGGGGAAGCCGGUCAAAGCAAAAUACUUUCGCUACGUGGAACUCCAGAACGAAGCUGCUAAGCUCAAUGGUUUCAAGGACGCCAGCGGCAUGUGGCAACACGUAUACGAGUACGACGGUUUCGAAGAAACGCUGCACAAGUUGUGGCUGCAGUUGGAACCUCUUUACAAGGAACUGCAUGCCUACGUGAGAAGCAGACUUCGCGAGCAAUAUGGCGAUAAGAUCAAAGCAGAUGGUCCUAUCCCAGCCCACCUCUUGGGACACAUCCACGCUCAAGACUGGAGCUCUUUGAACAAGUUCACUGAACCAUAUGUUGGAAAACCAACCAUUGAUGUUACUGAUGCCAUGAGGAAGAAGAACAUGACGGCAAAGGACAUGUUCCUGCUCUCUGAGGAGUUUUUUACGUCACUCGGGCUUCCGCCGAUGCCCAAAUCUUUCUGGGAAAAGUCUGUGCUGGAAAAGCCCACGAACAGAGAAAUCAUUUGCCACGCAUCUGCUUGGGACUUCUGUGGAACAUCGGAUGUUAGAAUCAAGCAGUGUACACAAGUCAAGAUGGAUGAUUUGAUUGUGGUUCACCAUGAGAUGGGACAUGUGGAGUACUUUCUGAAGUAUGCAAAACAGCCCUACUUCUUUAGGAAUGGGGCAAAUCCUGGUUUCCAUGAAGCCAUAGGGGACACUAUGGCCUUGUCUGUUGCCACACCAAAGCAUCUGAAAGCCAUUGGACUUCUAGAAGAAGGUGCCGAAGAUGAAGAGACAGAUAUAAACUACUUGUACAGCAUUGCUCUGGACAAAGUGGCGGUGAUUCCAUCUGUGUAUAUUUACGACCUCUGGCGCUGGAAUGUGUUCAAGGGCAAGUACAAGCCCGAGAACUACAACAAGGGCUGGUGGGACCUGCUGCUGCAAUACCAAGGCAUCUGUCCAGGAGUCUCUCGUACCUCCGAAGACUUCGAUCCUCCGGCCAAGUACCACAUUUCUGCAAAUGUCCCAUACAUUAGGUACUUCGUGAGCAUAGUACUACAGUUCCAGUUCUACAAGGCGCUCUGCGAAGAAGCUGGGCACGUCGGACCACUCCAUAAGUGUGACUUUUACCAGUCCAAGGAAGCUGGGAAGCUCUUCGGUGACGUGUUGGAGCUCGGGCAGUCCAAGCCAUGGCCAGAAGUCUUGGGCAUGCUGACCAAGGGCAAGACCAAGAACAUGGAUGCAGGACCCCUGAUGGACUACUUCCAGCCUCUGCUGGAAUGGCUACGCAACUAUAACAAGGGAAGGCCUGUCGGAUGGAAAAGUGACGACUCCACCUCUUGCCCUCUGCCAUUGCCCCCUUGCAGAAAGAAACACAAAAAUUAAACGGAAUGGAACCCGACCACAGACCAGACGGCUGCUGACACGGCCACUUACGGCACGAGAAUAAAAUUCCACUUGGUUUUAAACCGAA